AUGUUCGGAGAAAUAUCUGACGAAAUCUCCAUUCGCAUUGAUCAAAUGCGUUCUGGCCUAUCGGAUACACCAAGGACGCCAUCGAUCUUCAAAGUCCAUAGUAAACUACGAAGUGAAAAUGAAGCGGCAUAUGAACCACAAGUCGUCUCCAUCGGACCUUAUCACCGCGGUAAACCUGAACUGAAAAGGAUGGAGAUGUAUAAGCUAGGGUACUUGAACAUGCUUCUUCAUAGAAGAGGAGAGUCAAGUGCUAAGAAUUACGUCGAAUCUAUGGCUGAACUUCAACAGCAAGCUAGAAGUUCUUACGCAGACGAAAUCAAUCUUUCAGAUGGUGAUUUUGUUAAAAUGCUAUGCCUUGAUGGCUGCUUUGUCAUCGAGUUCUUGAGGAAACUUUGUCAGCCUGAAUUAUACAACGAGAAUGACCCCAUUUUUCAGAUGUCUUGGCUAAUAUCAGCCACUAAGAGAGACCUAAUAUUAUUUGAGAAUCAGUUGCCCUUUAUUGUCCUGCAAAAACUGUUUGACAUGACCAAGUUGCAGGGCGAAGAAGUGAAGCUUAAUGACCUAGCUAUUCUCCAUCUGUCUUCGCUCAUGCCUGGUUCUUAUCCAGGUCAAAGUUUUCGUUCUACAAUCCCUGCAGGUCAUGAGGCUGUUCAUCUUCUUGACCUCAUGCACAGAAAUUUGACUGCCUCGUUUUCCAACACACUUGCGUAUCCCAAACAUGAAGAGACUAAAACCACAUGGCAGAACUUUUAUCGUUUCAAAAAAAAAAACCCCUCAUUGCAGAAACCAGUUAUUGAGCUACUACAUAGUGGAACCCAGUUCAAGAGGGCAAAGAAUAGUGAAUCCGUGCUCUGUAUCACAUUCGAAAAUGGUGUUGUUAAAAUCCCUCCUUUAUUUGUGGAUGAUCAUACAGAAUCCAUCUUCAGAAACUUCAUUGCAUACGAACAGUAUAUGUCUAAGCCAUUUGAGACAUGGAGGUAUGUAACUGAUUACAUAAGCUUCAUGGAUCUUCUCAUAGAUUCCCCAUCCGACGUUGAAAAGCUUCGCAACCGUGGUAUCAUCAGGCAUGGGUUAGGCAAUGAUAAAGCAGUCUCUGCAAUGUUUAACAAGUUAAGCAGUGAUGUUUCUAUUGAAAGUCCUUUCUGUUACGACAAAAUUUUGGAGAAAAUGAGGGAGUACUGCAGCAAACGCCCCCGUACUUGGUGGGCAAACCUCAUGCGGAAUUAUUUUCAUACCCCGUGGUCAAUCAUUUCAUGUCUGGCUGCAUGCAUUUUGCUUCUUCUCGCAUUGGUGCAGGCCAUAUUUUCCAUCCUACACUAGACUUUGACUUAAUGAAAUUAAAGUGAGUUAGUUGUGUCUGUUU